AUGUCCUCACCGAAUCCCCUCGAAGGCGUCCCGCCACAUAUCCGCAGCCUCCUCACCACCCUCCACAAACAAUCCACGACCCAGGAAUCCGCCAUCACAGAUGCCGACUUUGAAAGCCGAACCUUCGACGACGUGAUGCGCGACAAGUUCAUCGCCCUUGAUGAAGACAAAUCCCAAUAUCUCUAUCAGCUGUGUCGCAUCAUCAACGCCAAGACCGUCGUCGAAGCUGGCACGUCCUUCGGCGUGAGCACCAUCUACCUGGCCCUUGCCGUGUCAGCCAAUGUUGCAGCAACGGGUGGUACGGGUCGUGUUAUAGCGACUGAGAACGAGCCAACAAAGGCGGCUAAGGCCCGGGAGCAUUGGGCACAAUGUGGGGACGUCGUUACUAAUGUGAUCGACCUACGGGAGGGAGACCUCCGUGAGACUUUGAAGAAGGACGUGGAGGCAGUGGAUUUGUUGCUCCUUGAUAUUUGGACUCCCAUGGCUUUGCCGACGUUGAAGGUAAUCCUGCCGCGUAUGAGAUACGGGGCUGUUGUCGUGGCGGAUAAUACCAUUGCCGCGGCGGACAAGUAUAAGGAGCUUCUGGACUUUAUGCGCGACCCUGCUAGUGGAUUUGUUAACAUGACCCUGCCGUUUAAUAAUGGGCUGGAGGUCAGUACUUAUUUGCCCGCGCAGUAG